UAUAUUUUUCUUAAACAUCGUGCAGUGAAAGAGUAGCAUUAUUCAAACUACUAAAGAGUAUUUUGAUUCUUGGAAUUUUCUUAUGCAACAAUAUGGCUGCCAAUGCGAUAUUCCAAAACAUGUCUUCGUUUUCCUCAUCACCACCUACUUUAGCAACGAAUUCUCAGAAAGUUCCAACAUUCAAAAUCUCACCCAAUUCUCAAAAACCCGCCAUUAUCCCUUCUCUCAAACAAAUUUGCCGGCAAGACAACUUCAAAGAAUCAGUUUUUACCCUCUCUAAUUUAAUUGAGACUUGUGCAUUUGAAAAAGCUUUACUACAAGGUCAACAAAUCCAUGCCCAUGUCCUCAAAUUUGGUUUAUCGGGUGAUGAUUCAGUUUUCUUGAACACCAAGAUUGUUUUCAUGUAUGGGAAGUGUGGGUCUAUUGGUGAUGCCCAGAAGGUGUUUGAUAGAAUGACUGAAAGAACUGUCUUUACUUGGAAUGCUAUGAUUGGUGCUAGUGUUGUAAAUGGGGUGCCUGUUAGAGCAAUUGAGUUGUAUAGGGAAAUGCGUUUCUUGGGUGUUGCGAUAGAUGCUCACACUCUUUCUAGUACAUUGAAGGUAACUAGUCAGCUUGAAAUUUUGUACUGUGGAAGUGAAAUACAUGGCGUCGCGAUAAAACUUGGUCUUAUUUCUAAUGUUUUUGUGGUGAACUCACUGGUGACUAUGUAUACUAAGUGCAAUGAUAUCAGGGCAGCAUCAUUGUUGUUUAAUGGAAUGAGUGAAAAAGAGGACACUGUUUCAUGGAAUUCUAUGAUUUCUGCUUAUACUAUAAAUGGGAUGAAUCGGGAAGCUUUAAAUCUCUUCAUUGAAAUGCUGAAUGCCAGUGUUGAACCUACCACGUAUACGUUUGUUGCUGCGAUUCAAGCAUGUGAGGAGACAAAUUUUGGAAAAUUUGGGAUUGAGAUUCAUGCUGUUGUUCUGAAAUUGGGUUAUUCUUUUGAUACAUAUGUUGUGAAUGCUUUGUUAAUGAUGUACAUUAAAAACAAUAGAUUAGAUGAAGCUGCUAAAAUAUUCUUCCAUAUGCAAGAAAAGGACAACAUUUCUUGGAAUUCCAUGAUAUCAGGUUAUGUGCAGAACGGACUUUAUGAUGAAGCGAUUAAUUUGUUUCAUGAGAUGAAGAAUGCAGGUCAGAAACCUGACCACGUCUCACUUAUGAGUAUGCUUGUCGCAUCUGGAAGACAGGGAAAUUUGUUAAAUGGGACGGAAAUUCAUGCCUUUUCACUGCGAAAUGGUUUGGAUAGUGAUUUGCAGGUUGGCAAUACUCUUGUAGAUAUGUAUGCCAAGUGUGGUAAGUUAGAUUACAUGGACUCUGUCUUUGGUAGGAUGCUGCAUAGAGAUAGUGUCUCUUGGACUACAAUUAUUGCUGCUUAUGCUCAGAAUAAUUUUCCCUGGAAGGCCGUGCAAUUAUUUUACAAGGUACAGGCAGAAGGAAGCCAUGUUGAUGCCCUUAUGAUUGGAAGUGUCCUCCUUGCUUGUACUGAGUUGAGGUGCAACUUACUUGCAAAAGAAAUCCACUGCUAUGUGAUUAAAAGAGGAAUAUAUGAUCCUUUUAUGCAGAAAACUCUUGUGAGCGUUUAUGGAGAUUGUGGGAACGUGGACUAUGCAAAUAGUAUUUUUAGGUUGAGUGAAGUUAAAGAUGUCGUGUCCUUUACAAGCAUGAUGUGCAGUUAUGUUCAAAAUGGACUUGCAAAUGAGGCUCUUGGUCUCAUGCUCUGUAUGAAUGAAAUGCGAAUCGAGGCAGAUUUUGUUGCAGUCCUAAGCAUGCUCACUGCUGCUGCUGAUCUAUCUUCCUUAAGGAAAGGAAAAGAGAUUCAUGGAUUUUUGGUUAGAAAAGGCCUCCUUCUGCAAGAUUCCAUUAGAAGCUCUCUAAUAGAUAUGUAUGCCAGCUGUGGGACUCUGGAGAACUCAUAUAAGGUGUUUAAUUAUUUAAAGAGCAAAGAUCCAGUUUGUUGGACGAGCAUGAUAAAUGCUUGUGGAUUACAUGGUUGUGGUAGGAAAGCAAUUGAUAUAUUCACUAGGAUGGAGAAGGAAAAUAUUCACCCAGAUCACAUAACCUUCUUGGCUGUUCUUCGUGCAUGUAGCCAUGUGGCGCUAAUAGAAGAUGGCAAAAGAAUUUUCAAGAUAAUGCAAAGCAAGUACGCAUUGGAGCCUUGGCCAGAACACUAUGCUUGUUUUGUUGAUUUGCUUGGACGUGCAAAUCACUUGGAAGAGGCAUUCCAAAUUGUAAAAACAAUGAACUUGGAGGAUAUACCUGCCGUCUGGUGUGCUCUCCUUGGUGCUUGUCAGGUAUAUGCCAAUAAAGAGUUAGGAGAAAUUGCUGCGAUGAAGCUUCUUGAACUAGAGCCCAAGAAUCCAGGAAAUUAUGUUCUUGUAUCUAAUGCUUAUGCUGCGACUAAUAGAUGGGACGAUGUGGAAGACGUCAGAGUUACAAUGAAAGGAAAAGGGCUGAAGAAAGAUCCUGCAUGUAGCUGGAUAGAGGUAGGAGAUAAGGUUCAUACAUUUAUUGCUCAAGAUAAGUCGCACCCAGAGUGUGAUAAGAUUUAUGAAAAAUUAGCUUAUCUCACUGAGAAAUUGGAGAAGGAAGCAGGUUAUGUGGCUCAAACCAAAUAUGUUUUGCACAAGGUGGAGGAGAAAGAAAAAGUUAAGUUGCUUAAAGGACACAGUGAAAGACUAGCUAUUGCAUAUAGUUUACUUGCUAGUAAUGAUAGAAACCCCAUUCGAAUCACAAAAAAUCUCCGCGUCUGUAGUGAUUGCCAUACUUUCAGUAAGCUAGCUUCAAAGUACCUAGAGCGAGAAAUUAUAGUUAGAGAUGCCAAAAGAUUUCACCAUUUCAGGGAUGGGAUAUGUUCCUGUGGAGAUUUCUGGUGAAACUAGUAGUUGGUUAUUCUAUUAAGAACUUCAUGAUGAUAACUAACUCUACUGCUUGGUAACACCCACUUAUAAGACGUACUCAACAUCUAUGAGAAGCUUCUGGUGAGGGUGGAGGAUAUUUUUCCAUAUGGUGCGGUAUGGAUAUCAAAGGUGCCAGGGAAGGUGUGCUUCACGUGGUUAGCUACUAGAGGGGUGAUUUUGACGACAGAUAACCUUAGAAAGCGAAAGGCUGUCUACAUGAGCUGGUGUUUCCUAUGUAAGGAAACUGGUGAGGACAUGGAUCAUAUUCUGUUAUAUUGCAAAUUAGCCACAAGGUUAUGGGAGGAUAUGUUUACAUGGUUUGGUGUCACUUAGGUAAUGCCAAUACCCGUGUAGGAGUUGAUGUUCAGUUGGAAGAGUGGAGCUAGGAGAAGAAGGCACAAGGCAUGCAAUGUUACUCCUCUAGCUCUAAUGUGGGUCAUAUUUGGAAAGAGAAAAAUAGGAGAGUUUUUGAAGGGGUGGAGAUGAGCUUUGCUCAAUUGAGGAGUAGUCUCCAAUCCCUUAUUUUCUUUUAGUGCACCCAUGUAGUUCCUGAUUGUAUAGAGGAUUAGGUGUCUUUUGGAGAGAACCAUAUUUUGUAGGUCUCUCCUUUUUUUUUGUAUAUCUCUUGUAUACGGCCAAGUUGGCCUUGUUAUUAUCAAUGAAAAACUUACUUGAAAAAAAGAAGAUAUACUCGGCAUAUUUUUCAAUAAGAGAUGUUAAUUCUUGACAUGCCCUCUUGCAGUGAGCAUAAUAGUUCAGAGAAUUUGGAGGUGGUUGGAUUCUUUGGCAACUCUGAGGAGCUCAUGAGGUCUACAAUAAUCAACACUCCUCUUUCUAAAUAAAGGUGUGUUGUUCAUAUGAAUAUUCCAUGUCAGUCUGUAGGAAGCCAACUUUUUAAUUGCUGAGAAUUCAGAAAUUGGCGAAAUUUUCCAUGGAGAUUUAGAUCAAUUGUCCUGCUUGUGCUUCCAGUUAGAACUUGCUUCAGAUCAACGUACAGCAAAACAUCCUCUUUAUUGCUGCUCUUGGCACUUUAUACAUCCAAAUCAGAGUCAGGUUGAAAAGGUUCAGCGCUUUUGUUAAAGUGCAAUGUCAGCAACCAAUCAUGUAGCUGGAUUUGGUUCCUUCCUUGGCCUAAGGAAGAGGGGUGGCGCAGCCCUUCGUCUACCUUGUGGUUUUAGUGACCAGUUCACUGCUGAUAUUAUAAUGCACCAACAGGGAGUUGGUGAAGCUGUCUAGUGCUCUGUGCUCGCAAUGGUAUCAUACACUAUUUGAGAGAAAUAAAGAACUUCUUGGAGAAGACUUUUUUUGUUUUGUUUUGUGUCCGGUGCUUGCAUUGGAUCCCGACUAAGGGCCUGUGAUAUAUUUUCUAGUUGGGAAAUUGUUUUUGUCUCAUAUCUGCACUGCCUCUCUUCUUGCAUUUUCCUUUUAUGAUGCAUUUGCAUGUGUUCCUGCAUAUGUAAGAUGAAAAAUAAGAGAUUUUGUAUAUGCAGCCACCUGAGAGGGAUGUCAUAGUGAAAUUUGUAA